AUGCUGCAAUUUAGGGCAGGUCCGUACACGGCGCUGGUCCUGGUCCUGAGCGCGGGGCUCGCGCAGCGCGUACAGCAUCCCAAGUUCUUCCCUUUCUCCACGCUUCAGGGUAGUAAGCUAUCAUUGGUAGUACCGCGAGGCCCGGGUUUCACUGAACCCAGACCCACCAUCAGGUACGAGCCGGCAGAGAUCAUGAUGGAGAAGGGGUUCCCGCCGCCUGAUGCGUCUAGUAGCCAGGGCAGACAGGCCGUGCGCGAACAUCCUAUACUCUCUAUCCCAGGGGAGCUCCUUAUCAAAAUCUUUGAUUUCGGGAUUGCUUUAGCUCGUGAAGACGUUACCCUGGGAGAACGAGAAAGAAGGCUUAUCUUCACGGUCUCCCAAGUGUGCUCUACAUGGCGCCAGCUUACCUUGUCGACUCCUUCGCUCUGGUCUUCGAUUCUGUAUCUACGCAACGACUGGCGUCCUAAUGUCGUUGACAUCAUGGUUGAGAGGUCAGGUUCAAGCCGGAUCGACUUGAUGUUUCUUCCACCUCAUCUUCGCCGUGAUGACGAGCACAAAGUCGAGGAGCAACUACAAAUAGCUAUAAAUCUUGUGGACCGUAUCCGGUUUCUAUGUCCACGCCUGAGAAGCAUUCAAUGGGAGAUCCAAGAACUUGGCGUACUGGAGACACUGAUUUCAAUGUUGCAGUCGAAUAAUCAUCCCGCACUGCAGUGUAUCGAUCUCAGAGUACCGGAGCAUCCAGGCGGCUGCGGGGUGCAGAACUCGCAACCUUACAAUCGUCACCAGAUGGAGAGACUCAUGAAGUCAGGAUCAAACCAUAUUUAUUCCUCAUUAUCUCGUAUUAUCUUUCAAUACGUCCCAUUGUCUUACUUCCCCACCGACAUGUUCUCGCACCUUCGUCAUGCUCAGCUUUCGUUUCCCGGACCUUCGCUUCGCUUUGUCUCCCUCACCACUCCCCAACUUAUUCUCUUCCUACAGAAUACGCCUCAUCUCGAGGAACUAGAGAUCGACUCCAAUGCAUUCUUCGGCAAAAGGCUCGUUCCCUCUGAGCUGGACCUCCCCGUUUUAUUGCCCUGUUUGAUGCAGUCCGUGUGGAAAGGAGCGCACCCGGACUCGGUCCACAAUCUGCUAGCUCUCCUUGAUCUUCCGAAGAUUCAGCUCCUGGAUGUAACCAUUAAUGACCACUAUAAUCCUGUCGUAUUCCCGAUCGACGACCCACCGCACGUCACAUCCCUAUUGGACCUGCGGGAGCUUGUUGUACGUUUUCAAGAGCGAGAGAAUGUUGACGUGAUCACGUCCAAACUCUAUCUUUCAACACUCGAGCGUCUCGAGCUCGCCUACAUUGGGAAGUACAUCGGUAUCUCGACAUCGCAAUAUCCUUGCAUCCCCGCCUGCGGAUCCGUCUUCGUUUCCUCCGGUGGAAAACUUUCCAACCUCACGGAACUUAUUCUCUCCGAUCUUGCGCUACGCAAGGUCCCAAGCGAGGACACUGCGUUCGAACAUCUCCCGCUGAGGUCGUUGACACUCAUCUGCUGUCCUGACGUCUUGUACUGUGAUCUAGUCAAGCUCAUCGAGUUCAGAUCGGAGCGGUACCAGCGAGGAGCCAUCGACGAGAUACGAUCAGAAAAGCUGAUCGCUGGAUCAGCUGUGUCGUCGCAAGCGGGACGCAAGAUCAGGCCUCUACCCAAAAUGAGAAGGACCGCCGUCGUCGCACCAACAGUUUCGCCAGUGUCCGUCAAGCAAGGAGAGAUUCUCGAUUACGAAAACUUCUUGCCGGCUCGCUUAGCGCAGAUGUAUAUCAGGGAUUGUCCUUUGAUUUCAAAGGAGCAGGUUGAUGCGUCUGCAGCACGAGAACUUGGGACAGUGACCACUCACGGCCAUCUUCAACGUUAUGACGCUACCGCGCCAACUCAUACACAACGAAGUCCUGAGAGGACCCCACGCAGCGGGUUCAACGGAGCUUUAUUAUGGAUCAGCUGGGACCACAAGAAGGAGGAACAGAAAAGAAUCGCACGUUCAAAACACAGCCGCAAGAGCCACGUUUAA